AUGGCGUGCGCGAUGCUCGUCGGGCUCUGGUGCGCGCACCCGGACCGCGGACUGCGUCCCACCGUCAGGCAGGCCGUCAACGUGCUGCGGUUCGAGGGGCCACCGCCGACCCUCCCCGCGAAGAUGCCAGUUGCUACCUACGGACCGCCGGCCGAUCGUCCUGCCUCCACAACGUCGUCUAUGGAACCGGCGACGACCGUGAGCGGCGGUGAUGGCGUUGGCACAACGAAGCCGUCGGCCUUGUCAAGUUGA